AUGAUACACUACAGCAACAGGAGUAUUUUCCACCCUGCCACAUUUUUCUUGGUUGGAAUCCCAGGUCUGGAAGAGGACCAUGCCUGGAUCUCUCUGCCUUUCUGCUCUAUUUACCUUGUGGCUUUAAUGGGCAAUGCCACAAUUCUGGUAGUCAUCAAGGCAGAGAAGUCUCUUCGAGAACCCAUGUUCUAUUUUCUAGCUAUCCUUUCAAUAAUUGAUUUGGCCCUUUCUACAACCUCUGUGCCCCGCAUGCUGGGUAUCUUCUGGUUUGGUGUGCAUGAGAUUAACUUUGGAACCUGUGUGGCACAGAUGUUUUUGAUCCAUGCCUUCACAGGCAUGGAGGCCGAAGUCCUGGUGGCCAUGGCCUUUGAUCGUUAUGUGGCCAUCUGUGAUCCACUUCACUACACUAACCUCUUGACAUCUCGAGUUAUGGGGGGGAUCAGUAUGUGCAUUGCAAUUCGUCCAGCCUUGUUCGUAUGCCCCAUAAUCUAUCUCACCUGCCGCCUACCCUUUUGUCAGGCACAUAUUAUAGCACAUUCCUACUGUGAGCAUAUGGGUAUUGCAAAAUUGUCCUGUGGAGACAUCCAUAUCAAUGCUGCUUAUGGGCUCUUUUUGGUCUCGCUCUUUCUUCUAAAUCUGGUCCUUAUUGUCAUCUCAUAUGUUUACAUUCUUCGUGCUGUCUUCCGCCUCCCAUCUCAGGAUGCACGGUUUAAAGCCCUAAGCACCUGUGGUUCCCAUGUUGCAGUUCUCUGUGUUUUUUAUAUUCCAUCAGUCUUCUCUUUCCUCACUCAUAGGUUUGGACACAACAUACCACAAUACGUCCACAUUCUCAUUGCAAACCUCUACUUGGUUAUUCCACCCUCACUUAAUCCCAUCAUUUAUGGUGUGAGGACCAAACAGAUACGGGAGCGAGUGCUCUAUGUGUUUACUAAAAAAUGA